AUGGCUCGGUUCUACACUUACGUCAACCCAGCGGAGGUCGAAGCGCAAUUUGAUGAGGACGAAAAGAAAAAGAACAUGGAAAAGAGCAACCCAUAUGCUGCAUCAGAAAUGUCGAAAUCAAACAGUUGCUUUGGUUACCCCCUGAGCAUCUUCUUCAUCGUGGUCAAUGAGUUCUGUGAAAGAUUUUCCUACUAUGGAAUGAAAGCAAUCCUGAUUCUGUAUUUCACGAAUUUCAUCAGCUGGAAUGAUAAUCUCUCCACCGCCAUCUACCACACGUUUGUUGCUCUGUGCUACCUGACGCCCAUCCUUGGAGCCCUUAUUGCUGACUCAUGGCUGGGAAAGUUCAAGACCAUUGUGUCUCUGUCCAUCGUCUACACAAUUGGACAAAUAAUCAUUUCGAUAAGCUCAAUUAGUGACCUCACAGACCACAACCGUGACGGGAUCCCUGACAACCUUCCUACACACAUAGUGCUGUCCAUGAUGGGCCUGGCCCUGAUCGCGCUGGGCACUGGAGGAAUUAAGCCCUGUGUGUCUGCAUUUGGUGGAGAUCAGUUUGAAGAGGACCAGGAAAAACAAAGAAACAGAUUUUUUUCCAUGUUUUAUUUGGCCAUUAAUGCUGGAAGUUUGCUUUCUACCAUCAUCACGCCCAUGCUCAGAGUUCAACAAUGUGGAAUUUACGAUCAAGAAGCUUGUUACCCACUGGCAUUUGGGGUUCCUGCUGCCCUCAUGGCUGUAUCCCUGAGCAGGUCCCCAGCUACAACCACCAUCACCUCCUCUUGUGGCUUCAUCGUCACAAAUGAGCGGCUUAUCUGUCAAAUCAAGAUGGUGACGAAGGUGAUGUUCCUGUAUAUUCCACUGCCCAUGUUCUGGGCCUUGUUUGACCAGCAGGGCUCCCGAUGGACACUGCAAGCAACAACUAUGAACGGGAAAAUGGGAGCUAUUGAAAUUCAGCCGGAUCAGAUGCAGACCGUGAACCCCAUCUUGAUCGUUAUCAUGGUCCCCAUCUUCGAUGGUGUGCUGUAUCCUCUGAUUGCAAAGUGUGGUUUCAACUUCACCUCCUUAAGGAGGAUGACGGCUGGAAUGUUCCUGGCUGCCAUGGCCUUCGUGGUGGCUGCACUUGUCCAGGUGGAAAUUGACUGGGCCCCCAAUCGCUACCGCGUGGUAAAUGAUAGCCUUAACAAGAAGCCGGACAAAGGAGAAAAUGGAGUCAGAUUUGUAAAUACUUUCAAUGAGCUCAUCAGCGUCACCGUGAGUGGGAAGGUUUAUGAAAACAUCACCAGUUAUGAUGCCAGCCAGUACCAGUUUUUCACUUCUGGCAUAAAAACCUUCACAAUGAACUCAUCAAAGAUUUUGCCACAGUGUCCACGUGAUUUCCAAUCUUCCUACCUUGGAUUUGGCAGUGCCUAUACCUAUGUAAUCAAAAGGAAGGAUGAUGGCUGCGCUGAAGUGAAGGCGUUUGAAGACAUUCCACCCAACACAGUUAACAUGGCUCUGCAGAUCCCACAGUAUUUUCUCAUCACUUGUGGCGAGGUGGUCUUCUCUAUCACAGGAUUGAAAUUUUCAUAUUCUCAGGCUCCUUCCAACAUGAAGUCGGUGCUUCAAGCAGGGUGGCUGCUGACGGUGGCUGUGGGCAACAUCAUUGUGCUCAUCGUGGCCGGGGCAGGCCAGAUCAGCCAACAGUGGGCUGAAUACAUUCUAUUUGCCGCGUUGCUUCUCGUCGUCUGCGUAAUAUUUGCCAUCAUGGCUCGGUUCUACACUUACGUCAACCCAGCGGAGGUCGAAGUGCAAUUUGAUGAGGACGAAAAGAAAAAGAACAUGGAAAAGAGCGACCCAUAUGCUGCAUCAGGCCCUGACUUCCAGACACAGAUGUGA